CCCCCAACAACACCCAACCCAUUCCUCUAAACCUUAACCCUCCCAUCAGCCCGAGCCUCGACUUUUUCUGGGAAAACACACACACACACACACACACACACACAAAACGAGUGCCAGCAUCAAGUAGUGCCCAUGUGUAUCAGCUCAGUGAUAAUAUCUUCGUCUGGGAGUACAAACACACAUAUUAAUGGAUUCUGGACCUCCGCUCUCUCUGUCGCUCUUCGUAAGGGUGUUUAUGAUUUCUGCCACAGCUUCAGCAGUCAACCUUGAGGGGGAACUCUUCAAGGAUUUGAUGAGGGGCUACAACAAGAACGUCCGACCCAUGGAGAAGAGUGGUGACAUCACUCAGGUGGACAUCAAGAUGACACUCACCAACCUCAUCUCUCUUAAUGAAAAGGAGGAGGCCCUGACGACGAGCGUCUGGAUAGAAAUGCAAUGGUGUGACUACAGGCUCAGAUGGGACCAACCACUCAGGUCAGCUCUGUAUGGGAACAUCACCUCUGAGCUGCGAGUCCCGUCCAAAAGCAUCUGGCUGCCAGACGUUAUAUUGGAGAACAAUGUGGAUGGACAGUUCGAGGUAGCAUAUUACUGCAAUGCACUGGUGUCUCCUAAUGGAUGUGUGUACUGGCUGCCUCCUGCCAUCUACCGCAGUGCGUGUGCCAUCACUGUCAACUACUUCCCCUUUGACUGGCAGAACUGCACCAUGGUCUUCCGACCAUAUUUCUUCUCCAGCUCCCGGACUUACAGUGCUAAUGAGAUCGAAUUGCAUCUCAAAGAGGAGGAUAACCACACAUUGGAGUGGGUGGAUAUUGACCCGGAGGCUUUUACAGAAAAUGGAGAGUGGGUUAUCAAACAUAGGCCAGCUAAGAAGGUGAUCAACCAUCAGCACACUAAGGAUGAGCUGGAGUACCAAGAGGUGGUCUUCUUCCUUGUCAUCCAGAGAAAGCCCCUCUUCUACAUCAUCAACAUCAUCGCUCCCUGUGUGCUCUUCUCAUCCCUCUGCCUCCUUGUCUACUACUUACCUGCCAAAGCUGGUGGUCAGAAGUGCACCAUGUCUAUUGCCACCCUUCUGGGCCAAACUGUGUUCCUCUUCCUAAUCGCUAAGAAGGUUCCAGAGACUUCGAGGGCAGUGCCUCUAAUUGGCAAGUAUUUGAUGUUUGCGAUGUCAGUGACCACCAUGGUAGUGAUGAACUGUGUGAUAGUCCUCAACGUCUCCCUGAGAACUCCAAACACUCACAUAAUGACAGACAAAGUCCGAAAGAUUCUUCUAAACAUCCUGCCUCGGCUGCUGAGGAUGCAGAUGCGACCCUGGACACCGAACAGCACCUUAGGAACCAUAAACGGUGAAACUCUGGCUACGCACAAGAACGGUGUGCUUUUGGUCCCCUGCCGACGACGCAGCUCCAUGACUCUCAUUGUCAAGGCGGAGGAAUAUGUGAUGAAAUGUGCCCGGUCUGAACUUAUGUUUGCCAGACUCAAAGAAAGAAACGGAUUGAUGAAAUCAGUAUUAGAGAAGCUACAUGAUGGGCUGGAGGGGGGUACAGCUGAGCACCUCAGUACCAGUCUGGCAAAGGCCUCUCCAGAGCUGAAGAAGUGUGUGGCCUCCUGCAAACACAUAGCUGAGACUGCAAGGCAACAGAACAACUUCCAGAAUGAGAAUGAAGAGUGGUUCCUGGUUGCCCGGGUGAUCGACAGGGUUUGCUUUAUUGUCAUAGCGCUGGUGUUUUUUAUCGGCACAAUCGGGAUCUUCUUGAUGGGCCAUUUCAACCAACCUCCCUCCUCACCUUUUAUUGGGGAUCCCAAGAAGUAUCUCCCACCAAUAAACAAUCUCACUGAUCUAACUGAGACAGACUUCUUGGGAUGAACCAAGAGAAAAUCUCUGGAUUUUAUACCUUAUUAUCCCUAAAGUGGAAAUCUCAUGGCAUCCCUUUCGUCAGUGAUCUUUCACUAAUGACUGGGACACAGAGAGGAUGGAGAAGAUACAUACAGCUGUGUGUAAUGUGGGUCUGUGGACGAUAACAAACUCAAAAACUCUUGUUUAUGGUGAUAAUGGGUCCACUGUGGUUGCCACGCUUGAUCUGUGAUGACAUGUACUGGUAUCAGCUGUGACUGAUUGUUUGGGGUUGUUGCCAGCUCAGUGUUUGCUAUAAGUUUACUUUUUCACCUGCUGUGACUUUGAUAAAACUCAAGGCCAUCGUGAUUAACUGCAUGAGCCAAAUGUGCCAAAAGGAAGUUUUUAUCAAUAAAAG